AUGAACAAAAUUAACUUUACAUCACUUGGCAUCCUCGACCUUUCCUAUUAUAACCAUAUUGGAUCAUCUAUACCCGGUUGGGUUGCCAAUCUUAAUCAUCUAGUCUUCCUAGAUUUGAGUGAAUGUUUGUUUGAAGGUCCACUUCCUAGUGGUCUUAAAAACAUGACUUCACUCAGAACAAUCAACUUCAGGGGAGUAUACCCAACAUCACUCGAAAAACUUUGUAAGUUGAAGACAAUUGAUUUAUCAUAUAACGAGUUUUCCGGGGAGGUGGCUGACAUUUUCAAAGGUUUCUCUCGAUGCAAGUCUAAUGAGUUAAAGACCUUCCAUUCGUGUGGGAAUCAUCUUCUUGGUCGCUUGCUUUAUGAGUUCAAUGGGACUCUUCCUGAAAGUCUUGGGCGUCUCGUAAAGUUAGAAGGCUUGUUCAUAUCCAAUAAUUCAUUGGAGGGUGUCGUCUCUGAUGUUCACUUUGCCAAUCUCACGAGAUUGUGUAACCUAGAUGCCGGUGGAAACAGUUUGACUUUGAAUGCAAGUAAGAAUUGGGUUCCCUCUUUCCAAGUUGAACGCUUGAUUUUGGAUUCAUGGAAGUUAGGGCCACAGUUUCCUCUUUGGCUUCCAUCUCAGAUGAAGUUGGCUGCGUUGAGCAUAGCCAACACAAGAAUUUCAGACUCCAUUCCUACCUUGUUUUGGCCCAUUCUUUUGAAAUUAAACUAUGCAAACCUCUCUCGUAACGAAAUUCAUGGAGAGAUUUCAAGGCUUCCUAAUGUUGAGGAUGAGCAUGCCACGAUUGACAAGUUCCAACCUCUUCAACGGUUUGCUACCACUUAUCCUCCUAACUUGAAUUGGCUAGAUCUUUCGAAUAACUCUUUCUCAAGAUCUAUUUACCACAUGUUAUGUGAUAAGGGAAAGGAACCUAACAUUGGAUUGUCCUACCUCAAUAUGGGAAAUAAUUGUUUGUCGGGAAAAAUUCCCGACUGUUGGAAGCAAUGGCAAUCCCAUGUUAUCAUCAAAUUAGAGAACAACAAUCUGGAGGGUAGCAUUCCAAGCUCCAUCGGACUGUUACCUAACCUUAAAUCAUUGCACUUGCGGCACAACAAGCUCACAGGGGAACUACCGCAGACACUGCGAUAUUGCUCAUCUUUGUUGAUCAUCGCCCUUGGUGAAAACUAG